CUAAAAGCGAAACAAUUGACAAGACUUUCUUCUUUUAACAUACUUGGUACAAGUAAUAUUGUGAGGUACUGAAUGACAAAAAAGGGCAUAAGAGAUUAUUUAUAUCAAGCCAUAGCAUUACCGUUAACAAAGCUACUUAUUGCAUUAUCGCUUCCUUUUUAUGGUCUUUUCUCUCUAACUCAGUUAGUAUGGAAGACAAAAAGUAUAAAUAAAGUAUUAAAGUAUGUGAUUGCUGCACCAUUAUUGGUAUUAUCUUUGCUCAGUGGAAUACCUACUUUGGUGCUAUAUGCAUUAAUUAGCACUUUAUUAACCGUUACAAAGAUUACACUUUUCCCUGAGUUCUUUUUUUCACUAUGGAUCAAAGAAGGAGUGCAGUUGAGUAAGGUUUUAAGUUUAUCAGCCACCCACUUUUCUAGUAAAGGCUUAUAUGAAGGUCUUGAAAAUUUCCCUGAGAUAAAGAACCAGAACAGAGAACUUUUAGUAGAAUUGCUUAGUAGUGAUAAUUUAAAUAUACAAAAGGCUACUUCUUUGCAUAAAGAUUAUUCAGAAUUUAUAAAAAACUUUAAAACUGAAAUUUAUGAUCAAGAAAAAUCAAAGAUUAUAUUCGAUUAUUUAGGACUCAAUAAUGUAAAGCCUUUAAUUGAAAAAGAUAUGAACGGUCAGUAUUGUCUACACAAUAUAUAUCAAACAUGUAAAAAUGGUAUUAAAAUAAUUAAUAAUAUUGAUAUAGGAUUAUUCAAAGAAUUUCUUAAGUUAGAUGAAUAUUCCGCAUUCAAUAGUUCAAUAAAUACGCGUGCCACCAAACUAUCCAACAUCAUAUACUUGUUUGAUAAGCAUUACUUAGCAUAUAGAUUACUUUUUACUGACUCAGGGGAUGUAUAUGCCAUUAACCCAUCUAAUAUAAACUUGUUCCAGAGGCACAGCUUGGCGAAAGAUAUAUCCGAUGCCUUUAGUUCCAAUACUCAGUCUAGUUUAAUUAAAAUAAUUCAAUACUUUUUACCUAAGAACAUGGAUGAGCAGGAUCUUAGUUUCUUAAUUCUAAUGUUGAAAGACAAAAAUGUAGUUGAGAAUUUAAAGCGUAUUGAUAAUAUUAACAAUACCUUACCAGGUACACUAGAAUUUGAGAGCCCUCAUUCCUUCUUAAGUUUAAGGGGGAUUUCUUAUAAUCGCAUAACUCAUUUUUUCAUAAAUGAUUUGUACUCAUUACUAUUGAAUAACAGAUUAUUUGAUAAGCUCGACAGCAUUCCUACUAAAGUUCUCAAAGAUAUUUGUAGCACUGAACUAUGUGGAACUUGUAAAACUAUAGAUGAAGUUUUGGCAUUUUUUGAUUGUUUAGACGAUAACGAGAGAAAUAAAAAUAUUCUAGAUAAUUUAAAAACUGCUUUUGAAACAGAUAGUGAAGCAACCCAUGCACUUUUGAACAAUAAAUUAUUUUAUUAUCAAGGUGAAAUACUAGAAGUGAUUAAAGAUAAAAAAUUUGAUGGUAACAAAGUAAGAGAAGUAUUGAAUAAAACUAAUUUAGUAUGGAUACUAAAAACAAAUGGAUUCAUUGAUGUAGAUGCAAGGUGGAAAAAAGUUUUUUGUGUAUUUAGCUUACGUUACAUAAUACAGCUUUUUCGUAAGCAGAUAAAAACAUAUUUAUCAUUAAAUGAAAUACAUAAUGACCAGCAGGCAAGAGAGAUUUUUCUUAAUAAUGUUGAUUUGUUUUGUUUUUUACUUAAAGACGCAGAAGGAAGUAAAUAUGAAAAAGUACUUUCUAUCAUCAAAGAUACUAAAUUUGAGGAUCUUAAAGAUGAUAGGUUUAUUGUACAAGUGGUAGGCCACAAUCUCAAGGACUAUCUUUCUCAUUUACUUAUUUUUCAUGGAGCUCUGUUUUCGGACAUCAGUAACGAAUUUAGGUUACAUGUAAUACACACUCUCUUUCCAUUAUUCAAACUUGAAAGAGGUCCACUAUCUACUAUAGAAGCAUGCUGUAAAGAAACAUUUAAAAUGAAAUUCAUAGAGCUUUUUAUAAAACAAAAGUAUGAAAAAAUUACACAGGAGUCUUUAGAAAAAAUUCAAGAUCUAACAAUAGAAGACAUAUUAAAGAUCCCAGGAAUAGAAGAAUUUAUUAAAAUGGAAGAGAUCGAGAAAUUUUUAAAUACUAAAGGAAUAACAAACCAAAGUGAUCUAUCUUUGCUAGCAGAAUUGAUAAAAAACAGCAUACAUGUUGCAGAUGAAAUUAAUAACAAAUUACAUUCUGAAAAAAGCACAAUACAGACAAUCUGUAACGUAUUUCAAGCUGAUCAAUACUUGGGGCCAGUACAUUUUCUUGAUUUGUAUAAAAUAAAUCUGAUGAGAAAUUCACUAGAAAAUGCACCAUUAUCUCUCCUUAAUUCGUGUAGAACAAGCAUAAUUAAGAGUGCAUUAGAGCAAAACAGUUUCAUAACUAGCCCCCCUGCAAAACGAGGAUAA